UCAUGUCUCUUUAAAUGCGGUUUGCGUUGAUCCUUCAUGAAUGAAACCAUGUGAUCCAAACAUCAUUUGACGUCUCGCGCCUCCGACCAUAGACUAAAACAAGCGAGGAAGGAGUGGAUUUAUCUAGAGAGCAGCGAGAACGCGUGAGCGGAAAACAUUUCUUCGGCUGUCUCACUCCAACACCGGGUCGACGAACCAACGGCGAACAGAACCUUCGCAGGUGCGGUGGGCGAACGAAAGACGCCGGUUUGACUUCUGGUGAGUCAGCUUUGUCGAAAUCAAGAGUGAAAUACCCUAAAAAAGUGCUGAUAUAGUGGUUGGUGUUUUGCUGAGUGUGCACGGCCACCGCCGCCGCUGCCAUACUGUUGUCACUGCUGAGUACAAGCGUGCUUAAGAUACCGCUCGUCCCGGUGUGCGCCGCCGCUGCCGCGCUGUCCCGUUCGUUCGGCCGAACUCAGAGAGCAGCGGGCUGGUAAUGCUGAAUCAUCACGAUUCAGUCGUCAUCCAGUCCAUGUAUACAUGCUCUUCCGAGGACCGGGUUCGUCGCUCGAACGGCCACGCCGAUCAGCCAACCGGUGCUCUCAUAAUAACACAGACAAAGGGGGGAGUACGUUACGUAUGGUUGUCAAGCUCACAGAAGCCAUGUGUCGGAAUUAAAGACCGUGCGGUGAGUUCGAGGCACGUCGGCGUUCCGUGCCCGGUGUGUUAUGGCUGGGGAUUCCCUUGUUUGGUGGCUUGUGUAAAUGUCGAUGUUUAAUAAAAGGUUAAAGAGAAGAGAGCUAGGGUGAUAUAACAGUUGUAGAGUAGCAACUUAAGGCAGCGGGAACCCACGACAAAAACAUCCCUUCACGGUAGCUCCUCUUGACUGUCCUCUCAACGAGGUGCUGAAGCGGCGGCAGCGGUGGACGCCAACGGUCGCUUCUGUCAGUCUCGUCAGUCGAUACUUCCAGGUAAGACGUCCAGUCAGCCGUUUGUUAAGUCGGCUUGACUGAAACCAGAGGUAACGUUUCGUCCACGGCCGCUUGCUUGCCUGGUUGUCGGUUUGACAUAAGUGAAAUACCUUUAGGUGUGAAAGAGCACACGAACAUCCCGCGGCUGUCAUCGUGGUGUGUUCGUAUCUGUCAGUACGUCCGGCGGUAAGCUCCAGAGUGUGAACGAGCUGUUCGUGAAAGACUCUACCGGGGCGACUGUUUUGACAUUUGCUUUGUGUUCCCCCCGACAGGCCCUCAGUUCAUGUAUGUUUUAACACCGGGGGGGUUACAUUUUACGGUUUACGUCUAAGUGACUCGUGCCGUCGGUUCAAACAAAGAGGCUCAGUCUGUUCCGUUCGCGUGCCCGGUUGUACACCGGCUGGGCUCGCGACAGAGAUGCUGAUUCAUCACAACGUUGAUAUUUCUCAACGUUUGCGCGAGCAGAGCGGAGGCAUGAGGGAGCCAUGGCAACAUGGCACCGGCGGCAGGCGGGCGGACAAAGGUCUGGCGCGAGGGAAGGAAGAGCUCGGUUUAUAUUGGGGUUUUGGCUCUGAAAUAAAUAGGGGCCUAUUUAUGUCAAUGCUGUGAAUGUUGACGUGUGUAUUGGGAUAAUUACAGCUCGUGUAGGCUCAGGAAACGCUGUUAAAAUGUCAUUAGUGCUAAAUAUGUUCAUUUUGUCUGUUAUGUUUGGGCUCAUACUCUACAUUCUUACUCACAAUGAUCUCAAAGCAGAUAUGCACAGAGACUAGAUAAAGAAAUGAAUCACUUUGGAGCUUAAAUGUUUUACUUUUAGCUUAUGAUUUAAACAAAGUGUUCUCCUUUUAUCAAUAAAACUUUCUGUCCUUGAUAUUAUUCAUUAAAAAAAAACCUUUCUUGCACAUAAAUUCAAACACCUUUCUGAUAAAAACUGAUACAAGGUGGAGUGCAGGAUAUAUUCCCAUGGCAGUUAAUGUUGAGCAUUGAUUGCUCAUGAACCCACACAGAGACUUGUGCUAAAAAAAGAAAGUACCUCACUGAACUGAAGUGCUUUGCAACAGAAUAUCCUCUGAUUGAUCUCUUGUAGAUGGGCCAUUAUCCGCUGCCUGGUAGCAGCCUAUGAGCGCUGCAACUCUUAAACACUGAGGAGUAAUAGGGAAGCUCUGUGGGCCCAAGAAAAACAGAAACUUCACCCCCUAAUGACUCCGUAUCAGCAGCUUUAGUUAGAGUCAGCACUCUGUGGAGUGUAUCAAAAGUAUGUAGUAAGCAAGUUGGCAAGUACUGUAAUAGAGGGUCAUAAUGAUGAAACAGUUGUAUCAGUAUUGGAGAGAAGAGCACCCCCCAACCCUUCUUACACACACAUUUUCCUUCCAUUUCCUUUUUUCAUUGGCUCUACGCACACACAACCAAGGGGCUAAACUUUUUAUACUUGGUAUCAGUAUUUAAUCAGUGCUUGAAGUGCAUUUCUCUGUCAAGUACUUUCCCCAUCCUUCCCUGGUGUUCACGGUAAUUGAACGCUGACCAAUGCUUAUGUGUGCAACUUUGCUGAUGGUGGCGGAGCAGCAAGGCGCACAGAGCAAGGGGGAUGAAGGAAGAGGGUGGAAGAAUGAGAGAUGGGAUUUGCGGAGAGAUUGAGAACAAGGACCUUUUUGUCUUCAAGGCAUUCCCCUGAAAAUGCUGAGGCGAAGCAAAUGCGCUCUCGCUUGACAGAUGGCGUUUUCACUUGUUACUUACCACAGCUAGUUUCUUUGCCUUGUCGUAGGCCUAUGCAUGUGUGUCUGUGUGUGCGCAUGUGAGAGAGAGCAAAGAGAGCAGGGGAUAUAAGAUACCUAUAAGAUGCUAAGCCCUUGUAACCUACUGUCGGGGCAGUGUGUGUGUGUGCGCGCGUGCGUGCGUGCGUGUAAAGUACCUUUCCUAGAUGUGGAAAGAAGAUUCAGCAAUGGAAAGUGAUUUUACUCUCAGUUUAUCCUGACAGCUAAAACCUGCACCUGUGACCUGAAGCUUCUCUCUUCAAGGAAACCUAAAGUAGUUGUUUUUCACAUCAAUAAGCGCUUGUUUUUAUUUCUCUGUGUGUGCUCAUACAAACAUGAUUGAUUCUCAGCAUGCACAGAGGUCAAGUUGAUGUAACACUGUGCAAAACCUCUGGCUGGUGUGUAAGAAAGGCAGGAUGCAGGCGAAUCUGAGGUAUAAGAUAAGUGCUCAGUCCAACAGAGAGAUAUGUUCAUGUUAAAAGCAGAGAUUAACUGAUUCAUUUAGCAAUACUUAUGAAAACAUACUUGUUAUUUAACUACUUAAAAGAUGUAUUUUCCCUUCUGGUAUGAUUUGGUAGGAAUGGAAAUCAUACUCCUGUAUUUAUUUGACUCUUAUUGGUCAAUUGAUUUCCAAUAAGAAUAAGCUUGAUGACAAUAAGCUUAAGUUGCAAUCCCAGUUAUGUUAAAAUUAUGUAGUUUUUUUUCAAUAAGUUUUGUGGUGUUAAGUUUGUCCAUAAUUUCCACUUUACCAUUAAAAUCCUAGAGUAGUACGUUUUAAUUUUGUCAUUUAUAAAACAAAUACUAAAAUAACUUGAUCAUCUAAAUAGUUAGAUAUUUUUCUGUCAAUUGGUCAAUCAGUCAAUUAGUCAAGUUUGUAACUAUUACUUCUACUUUUUAAAGUCGACAUAGGAUGGUUUACGGAUGUCAUAAAGUCCCAUAAUGUUUGUUUUAAAAGUUCCUGUCAUUAGGUAGGUAUGUGUGGAUCACAUUAUCGUGGUAUUUAACAAUAGUUAUUGGUGAAUCAGAGCAGAUUUUUCCAGGAUUUCAUGUGUAUUAUUUUCUUUUUGUUGCAUGAACUAAUAAUAUUACUUGGUCAAGGCACUGCUACAUCAUUUCAUCAAUAUUUCACCUUUAUAAUAGUUUUUCCUUGUCCUGCAGAACAAGCCCUUCUCCAUUUAACUAAGAAAUCAAACAUAUAGAAUAUGUCCAAAUUUAUUUUUGAUACUUGGUAGUACUAAAAAGACAUUGCUGUAAUGAUGGAUAAAAUGUAUAUCCAACUAAAACGACUAAAGAGUAUAAAAUUUGGAUACUUAAUUUAAAAACUCACAUCCUAGUUUGUACUAAAAUAACAUGAAGUUGCCCAAAACUGUCAGUGAAGAAGGAUGCAUGGAAGUCUGUGCUAUAAUGUGGAGUUCGUGGAGUUCAUGGAGUUCUUAUACUGCUAUGUUUAAAACCUUCUUCUUGGAUUAAUUCUGUGCAUCCAUGAUGAGGUUAAGGAAGAGGCUCUGCUUAAGCAGAAUCCAUUGCAGACUUAGAGUCCUGGAUUGCAUUAGAUUGCGCAGGUGCUCACAAAAUCAUGUCCACCUCAAGUGUGCGAGUGUGUGUCUGUAUGUGUGCGUGUUACAGGCUUUGGUGUUUUUUAGAGAUGUUUUCCAAGUAGCGCUCGCAUGCUUAUGAUCUUGUUGACUUCUGGGAUCCAUUUCGGCGAAGUCUUGUUAUGUUCGCAAAUUUCUGAGAAGUAGAAAGAGAGAAGUAAAAGCAGGACUAAACGACAGCCUCGGAGAGUGGGUGAGAGAGGCAGAGAGAAAAGGAAGCAGUGGGGCAGAUCAAUAGUUGAGUGUUUUUUCUCCACAGUAAUGAUGAAAUAUGGUGUAAGCAGAUCUGGUGCAUAAUCAUUGCUGUGCUCCACUGUUUUUCCUGCUUCCGUGUAAGUGUGCUGCUUGUCCUUGUGUUACUUUGACUUUUUGUGAGUGUGUGUAUGUGUGUGUUUGUUAAAUGCUCCCUCCCUCCACAAGUGUCUUGACUCCUUAUUUACAUAACCUCCCCUAGAACCAAAGAGUGUAUGAAAUCAACACCAAUCCCGUUGCAACAUGCAAUAGAAGAGAAAGAGAUUGAGAAAUGGAAAACAAGUUGAAGUUGUCUCAAAUUACUGUGUGUACUGAUGUGGUGAGUGUGUGUGUUUAUAGAGCCAUAUCACAAAGCUGCUUUUCUGUAUCAAUAACUGCUCCAUGAUCGGCUUUGUGUGACUCCAGUUCUCAUGUUUUUCCUCUGAGGACCUUUGGGUUUGUUUUGGCUCUUUUUCGUGGAAUCCAUGUGGUUUAAAAAGGUUGCUCAUUCCCGCACAAACACAAAUAGACACACAAACACACACAUACACAUACACACACUCCCCACUAGCAGUAAUUUUGUUUUGCAUGCCGUGUGUGGAGCUAUCAAACGUAGUCUUCGAGAUGCAAGGUAACAGGACUAUUCGUAACAGAGGUUGUCUACCAGUUGCAUCAUCUCUAUGCGCCAAAUUGCCGCAUUUUUUAACUGCAGUGUGACGAUACCAGAAUUGUGGUUUGAUUUUCUAAACCUUUUGAUUUAGAGGAAAAAAACUUAUGCACACAUUUUUGAUCGUUGCUGAGAAGGGAAGAGAGGUUGAUGAAGAAAUGUGGCACUGACUCUUUGUCUUCACCUGUGGCGCUGAAUUAUGUUCAUGUAGAGACAGUCCUCCACAGAGUUUGAGUAUCCCCCUCCAACACACACACACACUAAAAAGCAGUGUGAAGGACCGGGCAUCAAAACUGCUCUGAAUCAAGGAACAAGUAUCUUUAAAAUCCCGGCUGAUCUCCAACUAUCGACAGAGUGGUUGUAAUUGACUGUGGUCGUAUUGGCUGUUCUGGUGCCUGGUUUAACAUUGAAUCACUCUUCACCAUCAAACCUGUUUGUUAUGCCUGCCGAAUGCUACAAAAGCUUCUUUUUUAUUCCCUUUGUUUGUCUGUUUGUUCUUUGUAGACUGAGAUGAUUAGAGCUGCAACUACGCAUUGUUUUUACCGCCAACUGUUCAGAGAAAGAGUUGUUGUGUUUUAAAGACCAAGUCACACAAAUACUUCAUUAAAAUGUAAUCGACCACUUUCUCAGAUGAGGCAGAGGUCUUUUUUGACGCCACCUUUUUGUGGCACACCUAUCUAUUUCUUGCGUUUCUUUAUAGUUAGAACUUAUUUGAAAUAUUUACUCUAUUAAGGUGUUUAAUUUGAGUUAUUUCACCAUUGUUUAGCCUUAAAAUUAGGCAGGGGAGGGGCGCAGAUGGCCAAGUGGGUUAGCGCGCCCCAUGUAAGGGGACCGUGGUCCCCGCAGCGGUCGUGGGUUAGAGUCCUGCCUCAACCAUGUGCUGCAUGUCCUCCCUUCUCUCUCUCUAUCUCCCCACAUUUCACCCUGUACUGUCAAUAAAAGGUAAAAAUCGCCACCAAAAAAUACUUCGAUACAGUAUAGUAUCGCGAUAUUAUGUCUGGUGAUAUACAUCAUAUCGUCUCAUUUACGAAGUAUCAAUUUUUCAAAUUAAUUGCUAAUAUGAAGUCAGAUCUAUGAUAAUAGAAAAAUAAAAUCAACUGUUUGUCCAGUUGGCAGAGUUGACAUCAUAGAGCAGGAAAAAGUUAGUACAACAAAUAUAUUUAAGGUUUCCAAGAAGUGCUACAUGAAAAUGAAAUACAGCGUAAAUAAGACAAACAUAAAGGAAAGACAAAUGCUAAUUUAGCUAAACGGUUGAAAAAUUGUGUAAAUCGCAAUAUGUUGUAUUGCAAUACUCACUGUAUUGCAAAAUCGUAAAAAUCAACAUUUCAUUGUAUUCGGCCCAAGUAUCGCGAUAAUAUCAUCUCAUGGCCCAAGUAUCAUGAUGAUAUUGUCUCGUGGCUUAAGUAUCGUGAUAAUAUUGUGUCAUGGCCCAAGUAUCAUGAUAAUAUCAUAUCGUGAUAAUAUUGUAUCAUGAUGAUAUCGCAUUGUGCCCCAAGUAUUAUGAUAAUAUCAUAUUGUGGCCCAAGUAUCGUGAUAAUAUUGUAUCCCGAUAAUAUUUAUUGUGUCUCAAGUAUUGUGAUAAUAUAUUGUGGGACCACUACUGAUUCCCACCCCUACUUCAAAUAUUUAUUAGAUGUUUGAUUUAUGCAUUAUCAUGACUUGAUAGGAAACUAGAACAGAGAGCACACUAAAGUAGAUACAUGUGCAUGUGUAUAUUUGAGUGACGACACCAGUCAUACCACCUUAAAUGAAUCACAGCAGGUGGGAUACCUUAAAAUGCUCACAGGAAUGUUCCAGUGCAAAAGGCCACCGCUCUCUUUAACUCCUCUCUGAGCUCGUUUGUUCGUCCUUGAGUCCUCUUUAUAAAUGCUCAUUCAUUAAUUUAACUGAUAAUGAAGAGUUCACUUUGCUCCCACUGUGAUGCUCUCUCUUUGUCUCGGGUUAAUUUUGCAGACUGGUCGUGUCCAAAUAAACUCGACAUGUUCUCAGACAUAUCCCUGUCACUCUCAUAAACACACACAUUCACUCUCAGGUUUUGACACAAAGAUAGAACCAACUUAACCCGCACUACAUACUCUCUCUCUCUUUCUCUCUCUCUCUCCUCUUAAAAAAAAAGCACUUAUGAAAAAAAAAAAAAGGAGCCAGCACUCAAUCGCCUGACAGUGCAGUUUUUCUGCUUGUGUUGGGAAAUUUGUCAUCACACUUCGACUUACUACCUGGAAUGGGAAAAACGUGUCGACGCCAGGACUUUUUCUCGCCUUUAAUAACACACUUGCACAAAUACUGUCUUACACACACUUUAACAGCGC